CCAGAAAAAGCCCAAAUAAAUCCCAUCGUCUUCCACCUCCCAUCCCGUAGACUGUUCGCACAGCUACUCCCAAACCCUCGCUCGCCGGCGCAGAUGGCAGCAAACAGCACCACCGCUCCCGCCGUUGCUCGAUUUGCAGCUCGCGGGGAAAGAACUUGACUCGGCGCCCCUCGUUUCCACGGACGGGGAUGGAGGGUGCACUGAUGAGAGGCGAACCUAUUUCCAAGGUCACCGACGACAUCCUCGCCGACAUCAUCUCCCGCGUGCCCUACAAGUCCACCUGCUGCUGCAAGUGUGUCUCCACACGCUGGCGUGACCUCAUCUCCCACCCCGACCACCGCAAGAAGAUGCCCCAGCCCCUCGUCGGCUUCUUCCACGAAAGCUACAACAAGAACCGGUUCCCCAAGUGUGCUCGAUAUUUCACCAACGUUUCAGGGGAAGGUGAACCUCUCGUCGAUCCUUCACUAUCCUUUCUGCCCAAAUACAAUGGCCUUGACAUUUUGGACUGCUGCAAUGGCCUCCUUCUCUGCCGUUGUUGGAAGGCGACUGAUCCUAAGACAUUGGACUAUAUCGUGUGCAAUCCGGCCACUGAAAGAUGGGUUGUUGUGCCUGCCACCGAUUGGUCCAGCAAGGUGAAUGUCGUUCGCCUCGGGUUUGAGCCGACGGUAUCCUCUCACUUUCAUGUGUUUGAGUUCAUUGAUGAGGAGACCUGGGGUAUAGAUGAGUCUGAGUUGAGUGAUUGUGAUGGCUGCAUUGAAACAUUGGCGAUAUACUCGUCUAAAGCAGGAGUUUGGAAGCAUCGAAGCCUGGACAUUAUGUUUGCAAUACCAACGAGUUCAAGAGGCGUUUUUUUAAAUGGCGCCCUACAUUUGGCUACCUCUAAUAAUUUUAUAGUUGUUGUCGGCGUGGAAGGAAAUAAUUGGCGUCUCAUUGAUAUUCCUAUGCCACCAUACUAUGAUGAUGCUCCUAUUGUUGGUGUUUUGCUAUCACAAAGGCAGUUGUAUUUCACAAAUUGUUAUUCUGGUUCUGAUGGUGAAGAAUUAUCAGUAUGGGCUCUUGAGGACUGCUAUAGUGAAAAAUGGACCUUGAAACACAAUGUCAGCCACUUGGAGUUGUUUGGAGCAUCGUAUUCAUCAUUUGGUAAUUUUUACAAUGUCAUCUCAUUCCACCCUGGACGCAAUAUGAUUUUCAUAAUUUGUGGGUAUGAGAACAUGUUGAUGUCAUAUGACAUGGAUCGCAGAAAGCUGUGUUUUAUAUGUCAACUUGGACGGGAUUGUCAAAUUGGGUGGGACAAGACUCUUUGUAUUCCAUAUGUUCCAUUGUACUCGGAGCCAUUGGCAGAUGGGCACUAAAUGUCUUGUGUAGUGCAGCUUCGCAGUGCUGACUACUAUCCAGGCAAGGAGCAAUGUAAUGUUUGAUCAUUUUACCAUUGGGCUGUUUGCCUUUUGACUGCUGUUUUACUUUUGUCUAUUGUUGUGUUACACCAAUCAUCAAUUCUGUCAUUGGAUCAUCCUAUCAUAUUUUCAACCUGGUGUGAGCAAGCAGCGACAGUGAUUUUCUUGGCAGUUUUCUGCUCUGCAUAUGAUGAACUUUGUAUGGUGCCUCCCCUAUUUCCAAGAAUUUAUUUUUAUGACUGGUCUGCUGUGUUCAACGGGUCAGUCACCUAGACCGCUGAAACAACUGAAAUUGAUUUAUGCACUGAAUAAUACUAGGUACAAGUUAACUCCCGAGUUCCCCUUACAAAUAUGUCGACACUACAUUUGUGCUUUCCUGCCCUUUCUAUCUGAACAGUGUUGACCAGCUAGCUAAGCAGGAAUAUAGAGCAUGUUUGGUUUGAGGCCUGGCAAAGAUUUGCCUGGCCUGGAAACUCCCUGAGACUAGCCUGGAGAUUGUUUGGUUAUAAUGUUUGAUCAUUACACCAUUCUUCUGUUUGGUUUUUUUGCCUGUUGUUUAUUUAUUUUUAUCUAUCGUUGGGUAUUAUCAUUGUAUGGACUAAAGCCGACUACAAGGCCAUAAUGCCAUAACUUCCACCUAAGGACAAUGGCUCA